AUAUAUAUAAAUGAUAUUGAACAAUAGAAUUGUUAGCAUAAAAAUGAAACUUGAACACAUUUUAUAUGUCCGACUAUUAUUUUCAUCAUUAUUGUUCUUGAUUUAUGCCAAAGUAACACAUGUUACAUCACAACCAAACACUCCUGAGUUGAGAAAACUUUUACAAUAUCACAAUGAUCUAAGAAGUGAUCUUAUGGCAUGUAAGUUACCUGGACAACCACCAGCAAAGAGGUUGCCAAUGCUUCAAUGGGAUAAUGAACUGGCUUCAACAGCGAAAGAUUUAGCCAAUGAAUGUUAUUUUCAUCAUAACGAUGUUGAACUAAAGCAUAAAUGGGAUUUUGUCGGUCAAAAUAUUGCAGGAUAUCAAACACUUGAAUUAGCAUUCAAUGCAUGGAAAGAAGAACAUGAGAUGUAUAGUUUUUAUUCAACUAGUUGUUCUGGCGUUUGUGGACAUUAUACUCAAUUAGUUUGGCAAAACACCACACAUGUUGGUUGUGGUAUAACAAAUUGUACCGGUUAUUAUGGAUUUCCUUAUGGAUUAUCGGUUGUUUGUAAUUAUGGUCCAGGAGGUAACUAUGAAGGUCGUUAUCCUUAUGAUCCAAAACCAUCAUCUGAAUGCCGUGGUACAACUACUAGACGUCCACCAACUACAACACCCGCCAGACCAAUUAAACCUUCGAGACCACCAAAACCCGAUUGGAAAACACUUAUCAAUACAUGGGAUGCAUUUGUCAAGUACUAUCAAUUACAAGGACUUGUAACACAAACAUGUAUUUGUCUUGGAUAAGAAAGAGAAAAGAAAUUGAUUAGUUUUUUUUAUUUCUAUUCGUUGAGCAUCAUGAGCAUGUGAUUUAAUAAAAUAAAAUUAAAAAAAUAUAAACAUCUUUUGUAAGC